CAGUGUUGAAAGAGGGUAAGGCAACCGUGGCGAAGAGGAAUCCAGAUCAGUCACGUAUGCUUUUUUUCAAAGGUUCUCAUAUCUGAAUCUGAAGAAGAUUUUUAGGAGGAAGAGAAAUGGCGCCUGCAGUUGGCGGUCCUGUCGGCUACACCCCACCCGAGGGCGGCUGGGGAUGGAUGGUGGUGGUCGGAGCGUUUAUCUCUAUUGGUUUCUCCUACGCAUUUCCAAAGUCCAUCACUGUGUUCUUCAAAGAGAUUGAGGCGAUCUUCAACGUGACCAGUAGCCAGGUGUCCUGGAUCUCUUCCAUCAUGUUAGCUUGCAUGUACGGUGGAGGUCCCAUCAGCAGCAUCCUGGUGAACAAAUAUGGGAGUCGUCCUGUUAUGAUAGUCGGAGGAUGCAUGUCUGGAGCAGGCCUCAUCGCUGCCUCUUUCUGCAACUCCGUUCAAGCACUGUACUUCUGCAUUGGUGUAGUGGGAGGUUUGGGAUUGUCCUUCAACCUGAAUCCUGCUCUCACUAUGAUUGGAAAGUACUUCUACAAGAGGCGGCCUAUUGCAAAUGGGAUCGCUAUGGCUGGCAGCCCUGUGUUCCUCUCCACUCUGGCUCCAAUUAACACCUGGCUGUUUGACAAGUUUGGAUGGAGAGGAAGCUUUUUGAUCCUGGGUGGCCUUCUCUUCAAUUGCUGUGUUGCUGGUUCCCUGAUGCGACCAAUUGGACCGAAACCCAAACCUCCAGAGAAGACAACUGAGAGGAGGACUGUUAUGCAGACUAUCAAUAGCUUCAUUGACCUUUCUUUGUUCAAGCACCGUGGCUUUUUGCUUUAUCUUACAGGCAAUAUUGUCAUGUUUUUUGGCCUUUUUACACCUCUGGUGUUCCUCUCUAAUUAUGCCAAGAGUAAAGAUAUCCCCAAGGAAAAGGCAGCUUUUUUAUUGUCCGUGCUGGCCUUUGUUGACAUGGUGGCACGACCCUCUAUGGGCAUAGUGGCCAACACUAAGUGGAUCAGGCCCAGAAUACAAUACUUCUUUGCCGUCUCUGUGCUGUAUAAUGGUAUUUGUCAUAUUCUGGCACCAAUAUCUGUAGACUACAAAGGUUUUAUUAUCUAUGCUAUGUUCUUUGGGUCUGCCUUUGGCUGGCUGAGCGCAGUGCUGUUUGAGACCUUGAUGGACCUCGUGGGAACUCAACGUUUCUCAAGCGCGGUCGGCCUCGUCACUAUUGUGGAGUGUGGCCCUGUAUUGCUGGGGCCCCCAUUGCUCGGAAGGUUCAAAGACAUCUACAAUGAUUACAAGUACACAUACCAGAGUUGUGGGAUCCUCCUCAUCAUUUCCAGUGUCUUCCUAUUUCUAGGGAUGGGACUCAACUAUCGACUGCUGGCAAAAGAAAAAAAGGAGGAGGAGAGGAAGGGCAGGAUGGGAGUUAGAGUAGAGAAGUCCAACAGGGACAAUGCUGCCAAAGACGGUGCAGAGGCUAAGAACACAGAGGACACAGUCUAAUGUUCUGUACCAUGUCCGCUUACGUUUUAGUUCAAUUUCGUGCAGUUGGUGGGGUGGCUAUUCAUGAAAAAUUGAUGCUUUUGUGGAACAGGCCACAUCAACAUUUCUGCUCUCUUUCAUAAUGCAUUGUUUUAGGAGACUGCCA